AUGGGUUUAGCUUUUAAAACAACAUUAGAAUUUGAAAGCAAUGGUUGUAUAACUGAUGCUUCAGUAAACCUCUUACCUUUAUGUAAUGCCUUAGAAAAUAUAUUGCAAAAAGGAUUUAUUGGUCAUUGCUGGGAUUGGUUAGAAGAACUAAACAAUGAUAUGGAAACAGGAGUGAUAACAAGAUCUUUCAGUUUUAUUAGAGCUGUAGAAAUAGCUAAAACAUGUUAUAAAGUUAAAACUCCAACUGGUAGAUUGAGGUUAUUAAUUAGAUGUUGUCUAGUUAAUAAAUGUCUUCAUAUACCUGUAGAAAUAGCAGUAAGGCUUUACACCAAUCAUAGAGGGCAAUGGUAUGAUAGUAAUUGUUCAAUUCUCGGUGAUGAAAUUUUGGGUGAAAUUUUUCUCUCAGUUGUGCUUCAAUUAACAACGCUAAUUUUUAAAUUAGAUUUAAGCAAUGCAAGAUUUUUGGAUAAUACAUUCGAACUUCCUAAAUACUUAGAUAUUGAAUUUGUACCAUGUAAUACAUUAGGAAUCACUGUAGUUUUUAUCGAAGACAAAGCUUUAGUCGUAGGGGUUGAUGAAAAAAGCGUUGCUGCAGAAGACAAUCAAGUUGAAGUAGGAGAUGUUUUAGAUGAAUUGAAUGGUCAAGUUUUACGAUCGGAAAUGAGAGGAAAGUUAAAUAAUAUAAUGAAUAAAUGUAAAGCAAAGCCAAUUUCUGUUAAACUUAUUAAAUCAAUUAAUAAAGAAACUGAAAGCAUUUUUCUUCCAAUAAAGCCAUUAUUAAGAAAAGCCAAUAUAGAUAUAUGUAACCUUAAAGAAAAAAUUAUAUGCAAUAAAAAAGAUAAAGAAAUUGAAAUACCUAAAAUAAUUAGGAGUGGACCUAUAGUGAACUAUGUUGGCCAUAUAGUCAUAGGUUCGGAAGGUGAUGUUAAGCAAAUUGAAUAUGCAGUGUCAUGUAUUCUCACGAAUAAAAAUUCAUUGGAGAUAAAAAAAGUUUAUUUGGAGUGUCAAGAAUUAGGACUAAAAGUAAUAUCUUCCACUUCUGGAAAAAUUUUAUUACAGAAUUCAUUUAUGGAAAUUUCAUCUUGUGGGAUAAUAUUUGCAAUUUGGCAAAAAAAUUUACCUGUUAUGUUUUUGAAACUGAAAACGACAAUGAUAUUCAAACCAUACUGCAAAGUAUUGGACAGGGUUUUCAAAGAACUCAUUUUGCUGUUUGAACUUAAUACAUUUUCAAUUAAUUUGAUGUCAGGGAAAAAGCACAGGACUAUAAAAUAUCCUGAAAAGCAAAAGGAAGCCAGACUAGAAAGGCUUAAGGGUAAAGUUAAUAAUCCACCAAAAAAUGUAGAUGAGCAAGAAAUACCGAAAAGUUUAAUAAAUUUAAUGAAAUUGAAAAAUAAAAGUAAAAUUAAAACAAAAAUAACGCGAAAAAAAAGAAAAAAAAAGGAUGAAUUACUGAGUGUGUCAAAAUUUUUGGACAAAUAUCCGAAUGGCAAAAUUGAUGGAUACAUUCCUAACCUUGUUCAAAAACCAAGUGAAACACCCAAAAGCUUCUUAAAUAGAAUGAAUGAAAUGGCAACGAACAUGAUUGCAGAAGUUGAAUUAGAAAAAAAAUUUAGAGUUAAAAUAAAGAAGGAUGAAGAAACUGGUAAGGUGCUUGAUAUAGUGAAAGUAAAAUCUAAAAAACGUAGUAAGAAAAAAACAUUAUCAGAAAAGAGAAAAGAAAAGAAAAUUGAGAAAGAAAAAGAAUCGAAUAAUUAUAAAGAUUUUAAUCACCUCAAAGAUGAAUUGAAGUUUGGCGAAGUUGUACACAGGCCUCCAGAUUUUAGUUCUCUUAAAAAAUCCAAAGACAAAACACAGAAUAAAACUAAUUAUAGCUCAUUAUUAUUGCAAAAUAUUGCUGGGGAAGGCAAAAAGUUAGAUACAGUAAAUAAAAACCAUCAAAAAACAAUUUUUGAUAAGGCUAAAGCAGAAAAGGAAAGACAGUUUAUAGUAAAUGCCUAUAGAAUUGCAAAAGCAGCAAAAGCUCAAGGUAAAAAAAAGUGA